CCCCGCGGCGCGCGUAGGCACGCGCUCCCCCGCUCAGCAGCGCGCGGACACGCCUGUUUUGAACGGCUGGAGUCGCUGGGAGGUCGCGCGCGCGGUGAAGCUGGAGCUGGAGCGCGAGCAGCUGCGCGUGGAGCAGGUGAACCAGGUGCGGUAACGGCGCGCGGGGGAACAGAAGAGGACAACAGACCAACAAACAAACAAACAAAGACAUAAACAGAAAAAAAGAUAAAAAUAAACAGGUAAACAGACAGGUAAAGAAUGUUGGAGCGGUGUGGAGCAGCGAGGGAUUCAGAGGAGACCGGAGACCGCGGGGGCUGAGAGCUCAGAGAUCAGGGUGAAGGCCUGUAGGAGUUUGUCUGAAAGCUGCUGGGUAUGUGAAGCCGCAGCAGCUUGGCCUGUAGGCAGGACAGAUGUGUAUGGAGGUCACUGAUUGGCGGGGGGUGUACUGGUGGGUUGUUCUCCUGUGGUUAGUGGGAGUGGCAGCAGCAGGAGACCCACCUUGGCCCUGCCCUCAGCGCUGUGAGUGUUUACACGAGUUCCUCCUGGUCAACUGCUCUUCACGGCACCUGACCACUGUACCCGACAGCAUUCACAGCAAUGCCCAGCGCCUCAACCUCUCCACUAAUCGCCUGAAGAUGCUCGGGAGGCGGCAGUUCGCCGGUCUGAGUCAGCUGCGAGAGCUGGACCUGAGUGAGAACAUGCUGACAAUGAUCGAGGUGGAGGCCUUCCUCGGGCUGCAGAACCUGCUGACGCUUCGAUUGAAUCGAAACCAGCUCAAGAUCAUCCCGGUCGGGGCCUUCUCAGGACUUUCCAAUCUCCGCCUGCUGGACGUCAGAGAGAACGAGCUGCUGGUCUUCCUGGACUUCACGUUUCGAGAGAUGGCCUCUCUGCAGAAGCUGGAGGCCAGCGAGAACGACCUGGUGUUCAUCUCCAACCGCGCCUUCAACGGCCUCAUCAAUCUGCAGGAGCUCAAUCUGGACAGGUGUAACCUCACGUCCAUCCCAAGCGAGGCGCUGUCGCAGCUCACUGCACUGUCACGACUCAGGUUCUGCCGGGUCAGCUUCACAACCCUUCCCAACAACUCCUUCCGGAGGUUAAAUCGUCUCAGAGAACUGACCGUGUCCCACUCACCUGGUCUGGACUCGAUCGCCGCCAACAGCCUGAUUGGCCUCAACCUCACUUCCCUAACUCUCAGCUACUGCAACCUGAGCUCAGUGCCCUACUCCCCUCUGCACCACCUGGUCUACCUGCGCUACCUGGACCUGUCCUACAACCCAAUCACCACCAUCCAGUCAAAUCUGCUGGGGGACCUUCUGCGUCUGCAGGAGUUCCACCUGGUGGGCGGGAGUCUGCUGAAGGUGGAGCCUGGAGCUUUCCGCGGCCUCAUCCACUUCCACCUGCUCAACGUUUCCUACAAUCGACUUUCGACCCUGGAGGACACUGUGUUCCAUUCGGUGGGGACCGUGGAGGUUCUCAGACUCGACGGGAACCCGUUGGCUUGUGACUGCCGGAUGCUGUGGGUGCUGCGGCGUCGCCUGCGCCUGGACUUUGACGGGCGGCCGCCCAGUUGCACAUCGCCUGUUCAGGUGCAGGGCAGGAAAUUCCAGGACUUCACUGAAGCCGAGCUGCCUGGUUUGUUCACCUGCAGGCAGGCGCGCAUUCUGAACCGAAAACCCCAGGAGGUGCGCACCGACGAGGGUCAUACGGUUCUGUUCUUCUGCCAAGUGGAUGGAGACCCUAUUCCCUCGGUCAUCUGGGUGAGCCCCCAGCGCACCCUCAUCUCCACCACUGGACGCAUCCGUGUCCUUCCCAAUGGUACCCUCGAGGUGCGUUACGCUCAAGUCCAGGACAGUGGCUACUACCGCUGCUUCGCCUCCAAUGCAGCAGGAAACGACAGCAUCUCCGUCAACUUAAGGGUACGAGGCUUUCCUGCUUCGUCACGGAAUCGCUCCGCCCACUUCUUCUUGGAGGGGUGGAGCCUUUCUUCCACCCAGACGCCUGUCAACGGUUCCCAGGGUCCUCAGCCGUUUCCUUUUGACGUGAAGACACUGGUGAUCGCUGUCACAAUGGGAUUUCUGUCGUUCCUGAGCUCGGUGGCCAUUUGCUUCGUGUUCAUGUUCUUCUGGAGCCAGAGCAAAGGCCAGAUCAAGCACACUGCCACCAUUGACUUUGUCCCUCGCAGUGCGGGGGCAUCAGCGAAUGGAGGUGGCGGUGGCAUGGAGACUGGCAGGUUCACCAUGAAACUCAUCUAAAUAAACGCAUCAAGCGUUGGUGGAUUGAUGGACUCUUCAGGUUCGGUUUCAAUGGGGCCUUCAACGACCUUCCAAUGUGUCUGGUCUUUGAGGGACCAGUAGAAGCUGUGAAAGAGUUUCUGGACCAUGAACCUUGUAUAAAACAGAAUGAGAGAGCAGAGAGUGGGAUAACCAAAUAGGAUGGAACUUGAACAAAUGAUAAAUAAACUUUUUCUCAAGUGCUGCUUGCUACUACAAUGCAUGAAGCUAAUGGAAGGUGCAUGAAGCUUUAGACUUUGACUGAAGUCAUGAACAUUUGAUGAACAAUCAGGAACGAGGCAUGACCAAGCUUUGGUAAAAGUGCAGGAAGAACACUUUAAAGCUUAGAUGAGAUGAAGCAGAAAGGUGGAAUUAUUGUACAGGGAACUUACAGGUUAGAAACUGAAGAAGCUCUGAUGGACUGCAUGGAAGCAUGCAGCAUGCAUACUGAAUGCUGGGUGCUUAAUUUAAAGACUUUAAAGCAUCAAAAAAAGAAGCCCAAGCUGUUUUUUUUUUCGUACUUUGUUAAUGUACACAUGUUGAGAAGUACGCAUGUUUGGAAUUUUUACACAGAAUUUACUGAAUUUACACCAAAAUACGGUAAGGAAGCACUACCUUGAAAGGGUAGUUUCCAGGAAUUUUCAAGUUAAGUUGUACACAGAGUCAUUCAGAGGGGUUCAGUGUGGUAAUAUUUGCUGUGAAGGGGGAUGUUGGUAUUGGAGUACAACUGCCACACAGAUUUUAGGGUUUGCGCUAAUUCUAAGUAAUUCCAAGUAGUUAUUGAUUCAAGUAAUUAACUGUACAUCCCUUGUUGAGACAUGGAAGAAAAUCACAUAACCAUUUGAGGUUUUAGGUGGUCAAGCUAUUGGAAAAGCUCUUGAUCAACAUAAUGUAUGUUGGAUUAGAUUUUGAUCAUGUGAGUUUUGGUCAUUUGUAGCUCCGCCCCCUCGUUACCUGUCUCCAGGUGUUUCCUGUCCCCUUCUGUGUGUAUAAAUAGUUCCCUUUGUUCCAGUCUCACUGGUCCGUGGUUCUGUCAGGUUGGGGCAAGGAGGAGACGUGGAGGCGGAUGCAAAUGCAUGUAGAUUUAUUGAAUUAUACACAAAUAAAAAAACAAGGAACUAAAUGCACAAAGAAACAAACAACUGAAACAAAACAAAACAUGAGACACAGAGUAUAUUGACAUAAAAAUGCCUAACCAGUGAGACUUGACCAAAGGGAACUAUUUAUACACACAGAAGGGGACAGGAAACAGGAAACACAUGAGGACAGGUAACGAGGGGGCGGAGCUACAAAUGAACAGCUAAGCACACAGACAGGAGCACGUAGAGGAGCACGGGACUGUGGCAGAACUUAAAGUUAAUACAGAAAUAGCACAUUAGACACAAAGACAGAGAGGGAACAGGCCAAGAACGUGACAGCAGGCGACAAACCACUUUUUUGGUUAUUACACAUGUUCUUUUCUAUCACAAAAUGUCACCAAAUAUCUAAUUUAUUUAUUUUUUGUUGCUAUUGUGUAAAACAGUGUUUUUUUUUUCAUUUGUUGCUUCAGUGCAACAUUAUGUAGCUAGACCACAUUUUAGGGGAAUAAUGCUAAUGCAGUGGUGGUUAUUAUUUUCCUUCCAGAAAAAAGCAAAUCCAUGCUAUAGAGGGUUAAACUCAAAUUCAAACACAAAAAUCUGACUGACCUGCUAUACCAGCUUGAGAUGCUGCUUUUUUCAGCUGGAAAACUCUUAACAAUCUUCAAUUUGGGUUAAAAGUUUAGUUUAAAUACUGUAUAUACAGGAUAGAAAAGUAUAUCUAGAAUAUGUAAAGCAAAUUGGUUCCAAAAUAGAGUCUAUUUAAACAUGAUAAUUACAUUUAAAACCCAGGUGCUACUCUAAAUGGCUAUAGGUUUCUCAAUUUCUCUACAAUGAAUCGUUUCACAGCAAAUCCUCUCUCUGAAUGACUUUGUGUACAUUUCACUAAUUAAUUCACACAAAUAAAAAGGUGGGAUUUGUCAUCAACCAUAAACAUGCAGAUCAAUGUAGAUGCUUUAUUUUUAAGACUUUUAUUUGUAGAAAAUAAAAGCUAUCACCUGUUUAA